AUGAGAUUUACGGGGAUAUUUUGUCUACUUUUAGCUUUUAAACCUGCAGAUGGCGGAUGGUCUGAUAAUGAUGAGUCCGGAGAGCCUGUUAAGGAGGCGAAUUGUUCCUCAAUAUCUGCUAGUAAUACCCAAAAAGUUUCUGCUGAAGUUAGCCAUGAUUUAAAUAGCGCUAGAAUAAGAUACAACAAAAGUGUCGAUGUGUUAGAUGAUAUCCGUAGACUCUUUAAUUGUGAAGUUUUCAGGGCACACAUAGGUCUAAAGAAUGCUCGAGUAGCUUUACAAUCUGCAACAAACACUCUUGAAAACUAUAAACACUAUCUUCGUCUGGCUUACAAGAGGAGCCUUGAGCUAUCUGAUAGAUCGACUUCCACUAUAAAAGAACCCAUGGGAGAAACUCCAUCUUCCAAUACAAGAGUACCAAUAUCAGAGGACAUAGAAGAUGAAUUCCCAUCGGCAAAGACUCAAGAGGAGAUAAUUUCAGGGGCUUUAGAGCGUGUAAUGUUUAUCCUAAAGACUCUUGAUGAAAUAUCUGAGUUACCAAAGCUAGAAAAGAAGGGGGAACCCAAACACAAGGGUAAACUAAAGAGUCUUCCUGGUCUUUUUGCGACUUCCAUAUUCGAACCAGUCGAGGAUAAUGCAAAUACUCAAAAAAUACGUCAAGAUGUUGGAGACUACAGAGAUUAUAUAUCUUCUACAGAUGAGCCUGAUAUGCCACUUCCAAUCAUUUCCAGGGGUUCACCAUGGAAUUCUCCAUCAAAAAAGAGGCUUGAGGCGAAGACAUGA